AUGACAAAUACUAUAAAUUUUAAAAUGCCCUCACCUACUUUUGGUGGUAGCACGGGAGGUUGGUUAAGAUCAGCUGAAAUUGAAGAAAAAUAUGCCAUUACAUGGACAAGUAAAUCUGAACAAAUAUUUGAAAUGCCUACUGGUGGAGCAGCCAUUAUGCGUGAAGGAGAUAAUUUACUAUAUUUAGCAAAAAAAGAGCAAUGCUUAGCUUUAAGCGCACAAUUAAGAAAGAGUUUCAAAAUCAGGGAUUUUAAAAUUUACAGAAUUUUUCCCAAUGGAGAAGUUCAAUACUUACAUCCUAAAGAUGGAGUUUUUCCAGAAAAGGUUAACCCUGGGCGUGAAGGUGUUGGAAAUAUUAGUCAUUCUAUCGGAAAAAAUGAAAAUCCAGUAAAUACAAAAUUUACUGGUCGAGGAACAUAUGAAUAA